GGUUCCGCGACGCGGUUGGUUGAGACGCAGACUCAUGUCUAGCUGACGCAUGUUGUUUAUGAAUUUGGAAAUGGAGGAGAAAGCAGCGUUGAAGAGGCAGAUUGAGUUACUGGAAAACCUCAUCAGCAAUCACAAAAAUGUUCAUGGGAAUGCACCAUCUUCUUCCUUUUCCAAUAUUGGCUCAAGGCACAUGCUGAGAGAAAGUUCUGUCCCAGGUUUACAUGCUUCUUCUGGCUUCAGAGGCUCUCGGGUAAACCCUCAUUGUGUGCGACCAGCAACCCAAUGGAAAAAUAAGUACUCUCUGAAUAAUCAGCAGCUGAAAUUGAUAAGAAGCACUGGUGCUCUUUCCUCAUCCACUGCCACAGUUUCAAGCACUAGUGGACUGCUGCAACAUGAUGUUCAGUCUGCCAAACCAAAUGCUUCCCGUCAAAUAAGCAGGUUCCAGCAGAAAGCUGCCUCUGGAAAAUUUGUAGAGCUUUCACCCUCAUUUUCAGAAAUGGGUAAUGCUAGCACUAGUAGUACAUAUACUACACCAAUCUCUGGAAAAUACUCAGACUUUAUUCUGGGGCAGAACUUGAGCCAGUUCACCGGUUUGCAAAAACAUAAGGGAUCUGAUACCACGAACUGCAUCACUGCUUGCACAGGUUUAAUUCCAAAUGUUAAUAAGACAUUAAUCCCUCAGCGAUCUGUUCUUCUUUCAAAGGACAAGGUUCAUUGUCUUUUUGUUGCAGAGCAAGAAAGAUCACAAACUGUGUCAAGAUCUUUGUUAACAUCAAAUGUCUCCAGUACUUGUGCUGACUCCGUGACUUUGAAUAUAAAAAGGAAAGUGACUGAAGAAGAAAAUGCCAAUGUUAAGCCAAAAGGGCAUAUUAUAACACAAAGUGCCAAGCUAACCCCAUCCUUGCACAGCAAAACAUGUUCUUUAUCCUUAAUGGGGUCCCCACCAACUGAGCAACAAAGGUCCAACCUUCAACCCAUUUUGGAGAAUAAGCUACAGCUUGUUGGUAAAGCAGCACAGAAAACAGAACAAGUUGCCCCAGUUUCAGUUUUACAUUCAAAAAAAUCUUAUGGUCUUGCUAGUUAUAGUCUUGAUCCUUUGUCAAAACAGAAAAUUAAGCGCAAAAUAGAUAGUAGGCAGCUUGAAUUUCCUUGUGUUUCUCAAAAUGUUUUACAGAGUGCUUUAAAUGUGAAGAAGUCAAGAUAUACUUGGGUGAAAACACCUAAACCUGAGCAAACUACAGCUGUUGCAGGUGGGGUUUGUACUUUACAGUCAGACAUUAAAGCUGAUUUGGUGGCUCAUCGUCCUCAGCUAAUGAUGAAUGUUAGUCCCUUUAAGAGAAGAGCAGUGUGUUCUCCUAAAGGCCUAAAGAAAGUAAGCUCCUUGCAGCUAUCGCCCUUGUGUUCUUUUAAAUCUACAAAAGCCAAAUAUACCUGGACAUGUGCAUCUCCUCGAUCCAACAAACCAGCAAAGAAAAGUUUUUCUCCAAAAUAUAUUGAGAAUGGAGGUUCAAUGAAAAGCCCAGGAAAUAAACUUAAGUCUUACUCAUUUUUUGGUGCUAAGCCUAAAAAGUUAGCCACACCACCUGAGCCUUUAGUGUCAAGAAGCAAGUACCAGUGGAAGGCUGCUGUUUCAAGCCCAUCUUCUUCAGUUGCUAAUUCAGUGUAUAGUUGGAAGAAGGACAAGAAAAGAGAAAGUCUGACUCACGUAUCUGUAUAUUCUUCACCUUCGGUCUACAAAGUCAAGAGCAGAAUGAAGAUUAUUAGAAGGAAGUCUUGUUCAAGUUCGCAGGCUGAUAAGAACAACCAUAAUGUUUUUCUGACACCGAAAACUAAGUUCUCGCAGCAAAGACAUGGCCUGUUUCCAGUUAAGGUCUCUCCUCUAGUGAAGAAAUCUCCUGCCAGAGUCCUAGUGCCUAUUGGCAGGCACAAGCUGCGUCGCCUUUCUACAGUGGUGAAUUAUUAUAAUACAAAAUCAGGGCCUUUGGCACAGUCAUCAAAACAUUCUUCUUCAAACAGAUCCAUCCGAACUCGAUACAAAAUAGUGAAACGCAGUGCAGUUGGGGCAUCUUCAGCACACUACAGUACACCUGUACUGACUUGGAGAGCGCAAAAAGUUAUUUCUGCCAGGUUAUUUUUGCAAAAUCGGAUGCGCAAGUCAUCUACUGGUUAUAGACAAAGUCCUCAUCAUCUUUGGAAAGAAAGGGGCACGCGUUGGAUUGGUGGAGCACUCUACAAGGUCUCUGCAAACAAAUUGUUCAAGGCUUCCAACUUUAACACCAAGAGCAUCAGUUAUGCAGCCAGAGUCAACUCAAGAGCAGGAAAAUGGACAUCUUCUAAUUGUUUGAGUAGUCUCAACAAAACCUCCAAUAGCCGUCAGGUGGCCAGUCGUGCUGUGCAACGAAGCCUGGCAAUUAUACGGCAAGCUAGGCUGAAGAAACAGCAAAAAAAAGAAUACUGCAUGUACUACAACCGCUUUGGGAAAUGUAAUCGUGGAGCAUCUUGUCCUUUCAUUCAUGAUCCAGACAAAGUUGCUGUUUGUACCAGGUUUCUAAGAGGCACGUGUAAGCAAACAGAUGGGACAUGUCCAUUCUCACACAAGGUGUCAAAGGACAAGAUGCCAGUGUGUUCAUACUUUCUGAAAGGAAUCUGCAGUAAUAACAGCUGUCCUUAUAGUCACGUCUAUGUAUCCCGGAAAGCUGAGGUUUGCAUUGACUUUGUGAAGGGCUAUUGUCCACUUGGAGAGAAAUGUAAGAAAAAGCAUACCCUAUUGUGUUCAGAUUUUGCCAAGUCUGGAACCUGCCCAAAGGGCAACAAAUGCAAAUUGCAACACCGACAACAGCAGAACCGUCCAAGGACCCAAGAGUUGGGAGUGAGGAACAAGCAGGCCGAGAACCAACUACUGCAGAAAAGCACUGAAGGAGUCUCACAGAAAACAGAAACCGAAACGCGCCUUCAGGAAAAUGAACAUUGUCUUCCUCAGCUUGAAAAGCUACCCUCAUACAUUGCAUUAAGUUCCUCCCCAAGCACCCCAGAAACUGAAGACAAAUUCUCUCUGACAGUGAUUGAGGGAUCUGAAGGUAUAGAAAAGAAACUCCAGAUCAAGCCCAGGUUCUGAGCAUCAACUAUCACCAGCCUGUUCCGUGUGCUACAGUAUCUCAGGAAAACAACUGCCACUCAAGUGGUAACUUUUAUUAUUGGUUUUUAUCUACAAACUCUUUUAUGCUUCAGAGUUUCAGUAAUACUGUGUACAUAUUAGGUGAGUUGAGAAUAUAAGAUCCUAAAUAAAGUUUAUUGAAACUA